GCAUACUUAAAAUCAAGAUGGCGGCAACAAUGAAGCGAAAAAAAGUGAGUAAAAACAAAAAGCAAACGUGGCGAAAACAUACAGAUAUUAAGGAUGUAGAAGAGCAUCUUGAAGAGGCCCGGCGCGAGGAAAGAACGGGGUAGGUUUAUUUGCGCAGUCGUUUCCAAAAACGCUGAGCUAAACCUCAGCUUAUCGUGUUAAGUGUUAAUCCACGUGAGUUACAUGUAUGAAAUUAUGAGCCGACAGAAUCUCGAACACUUAAACAGAAAGAAAACCAUUUUUGAAUUAAGAACCGAAAAACUUAAUCUUUCACUUGCUUUAUAAGUACUUUUGCUGUUUAAUUUGUUGCCUUAGCUAUUUAUCACUUUGUGAAAGCAUAGUUAUUAGAGGAGACUGGUUAUGAAAAGCGGCAAACAUCAAUGAUAAAAACAACAGUGCUGCAGUUUAUGUUGGAAGCACCCUGAAAGUGCACAAUCCGUUGUUUUCUGUUGGCAAAUUGUUACGGAAUAAAUUAAUGCAACGUUUUUAUUGGUCAAUACAAUCAAAAUAAUAGGAAUUCUUUUGAACGUUGUGCACUUUCAGGUCCACAAAAACAUAUAACAAAGGAGUCUGACGGGUUUCAUAACCAUUCCACUNACUUAAUCUUUCACUUGCUUUAUAAGUACUUUUGCUGUUUAAUUUGUUGCCUUAGCUAUUUAUCACUUUGUGAAAGCAUAGUUAUUAGAGGAGACUGGUUAUGAAAAGCGGCAAACAUCAAUGAUAAAAACAACAGUGCUGCAGUUUAUGUUGGAAGCACCCUGAAAGUGCACAAUUCGUUGUUUUCUGUUGGCAAAUUGUUACGGAAUAAAUUAAUGCAACGUUUUUAUUGGUCAAUACAAUCAAAAUAAUAGGAAUUCUUUUGAACGUUGUGCACUUUCAGGUCCACAAAAACAUAUAACAAAGGAGUCUGACGGGUUUCAUAACCAUUCCACUCAAUUAACUAUGGUGAAAGUAAGUUCUUAAUUUGAAAGAAUAAAGCUUUUAUGACUGUGAUAACAACGUUUGACUACAAAAUGUGUCAGGUUGGCAAGGAAAUGGAGUUGUAAUAUUUGAUUUAUGUUACAUUCGAGGCUUUGGUCUUCUCUAUAAUAUUUACAUUGAGCUUAUAACUUUUGCUGUGGCUAUAUGGCCGGUAACCGGUCAAGGUUUUCAAAACACUAAAUGACCGGCAGUCUCAUAUUCUCAGUAAAUUUCACAAAAUCGAAAAAUUCCAGCUAACCGUAACUAUCAUAUGUCGAUUAAGAAAAGUCAAGUGAUCCUGAAAUGCUUUAUAGAUCUUAAGUCUAGCGUUUGGUUUACGCUGGGCUCAGAAGACGAAACCAUGUGUUGAGACACUUCAAAACUUUUUUCAGGUCGACUGCCGGUCAAGGUGUUGAAAACACUAAAUGACCAGCAGUUCCUAUAUUCUCCCUAAAUUUCACAAAUCGAAAAAAUCCAGCUUAACCAAACUAUCAUAUAUUGAUUAAGAAAAGUCAAACGAUCCUGAAAUGCAUUAUAGAUCUCAAGAAUAAACCGAGAAUAUAGGGACUGCUGUAGGUACCAGGCUAGGACUGCUGGUCAUUUAGUGUUUUCAACACCUUGACCAGCAGUCGAGCUGAAAAAAGUUCUAAGUUUUAAUAUGAAUUCGAAAUGGCUGACUUAUUAAUUUUUCUGAUUAUGCCCCUCCCCCCCCACCCCAUUGUGGGAUCACAACUUAUAGAUGUAACAUUGUAACAAUGGGGCGAAGCACUUAUGUCAUGUUAAGACUGGAUACUGGCGAUGCAGACUUCAUUGUUAUUAAACCUCCUACUGUUUGUUUUAAUAGUGGCCCUGUCUCAGAAAAGCCUGAUGAAGGACUGUUUUUUGUUGACAAGGAUACUGAAGAAUCUCCAGUGACUGGUAUGUUCAAUACUCAAUACCUUCUUGUGCAUACAUUGCAUUUUGUUUUCAUAAAAAUGAAAUUUUGUAGCAUUAGGCAAAUGAAUGUGUGUUGGCAGGACCAGGGAAGGACACUGUCAUUCACACUUUUUUUACUCAUCUCUUGGUUUCAGCAACAAUGGGCAAUUGUUAUGAUGGACAUGGUAUUAAAAAAAUUUCAAUGCUAACAAUCUGUCAUAGUUUCUGAUGCUAUAUAAGAAAUUCCAAAGAAGGGCUGCACAGUUUGCAGUGUAUUGCUCCAAAACCUCAACCCAAUUUGUGACAGAAAUUAUAAAUGAGGCCCUGCCAGGGGGGGGGGGGUCCCAUGUCGCCCAUCUGAAUUUUAAAAUGUCUCUUGUCGCAAUUUGGCCAAAGGAGGUUGUCUCUUGUCGCAAUUUCAUUUUACGCGCUGUCGCUACUUUUUGGGCCAUGUCGCUUGUCGGAAUUUACUCUGGCCAGGCCUCAUAAAUGGUGGAGACAAUAUGUUCCAAAACGCAGAGCAAAAAAAGUGUGAUGUAAAUUAUAAUUAUUUAGAUAUGUGUUUGAAUUGCUCAAAAUUCAUCAGUGAAGUAAAGUGGGAAAUUUGGUUGCAUAACUUAGUUGUUACAUAUUUCCAGGAGAGGAUUGUGAUUGGCCGGAAGGUGCAGUCCCUUGUCUCUAUUCACUGAGGGUUUUCUUUGCUUGAUGGCAAUGGCCUCAAUGUGGCACUUGAUGGUGUUCAUUACUCAGUGGUGUAUGUUAUGAUUAUUAUUUAUGAAAUGCUUGUUGACUGGAACUUGAAGAAUUUUUGAAAGAAAGACCUUGAGUUUGAACAGGCUAACAGUCCUGAAAACCCAGGGAAAAACAUUUGGCAGGUCAAGAAGAAAGCAAAUACAUCUCUGAUGGGUCCUACAUAAUGUGUUUUCUAUGUCAUAUUUAGUUACAUAGAUUGUAACUUGGUGCCUUAUUAAACUAUGCAGAUGAGUCUAAGGUGCUGUCAAGAAAAAGAAAACUUCUGAAAGCAGAACAGUUGGUUCUGCCAGAAACCAAGAUUAAACCAGUUGGUAACAAGAAAAGAAAGAUUGUCUCAAAGAUCAGAAAAGCAGGAGAUCUUGAGGAGUCUUCUGAUUCUGAUGUGGAAAAAGAGAAAAGUAAUAUGGGUUAUGCAAAGGAGGCUAACAGUCAAGAUAGUAAAGACAAAGUGUUUGAUUUAUGGGAGACAAAAGGUAUGAAUUCACACAUCCAGUAACACACAUUGAUAUUAUACAACUAUUCCUGAGGGAGAAGUAAAUAACUAUUAUAAUGGUGGAAAUAUACCAAGAAGGAUGUGUCACUGUAUUUAUCUCACUGUACCUACCUUAAGGGGGGGGGGGGGGGGGAGGAAAGGGGAAAAUUACGGUUUAGUAAAAUGUUUUUUUUGAAAAAAAAAAACCUUUUUUUUUUUUUUUUUUUUAAAAAUUUUUUGGGGGUUUUUCAUAUCCAUUUUAAUGAGAUAUUGUGUCAAAUUUACCCCCCCAAAAAUUUUUUUACCUACAAUGAAAACCAAAAAAGCAAAUUGGUGUUAAAUUUUUUUUUUGGCAUUUUUUUGGUCCAACAAAAAAUGAUAAAAACCCAACCCAAUAAACAAUAUAAAUAAAAUAAACCUAAAAAAUAGAGAGAAAAAAAAAUAUAUUUUAGGUGGGAGAAAAUAAAAUGAGAAGGUGGUUUCUUUUUUUUUUUCUCUGUGGAACUGGGGGGGGGGGGGGGGGGGGGGGGGAGGAAAGGGGGAAAUUACUGUUUAGUAAAAUGUAUUUUUUGAAAAUAAAAGACCUUUUUUUUAUUGAUUUUAUUAAAAAUAUUUUGGGGAUUUGUCAUAUGCAUUUUAAUGAGAUCAUGUUGCAAAUUUAGCCCCCCAAAUAAUUUUCUACCUACCAGUGAACACCAACAAGCUAAAUUGGAUUCAGUUUGUUUUCUUGGCAUUUGUUGGUACAACUGCUCCAUUUAUGGCUAAAAAUAGGUUUUCUGAACUGUUGUACAAAAUAAUGUGCCAUUUUGACUCUUGUCCUUAAAAGAGUGAAUAGCAUUUAGGAUAUUCCAGAUUGCAUGUAUAGGAUCCAAUUAAAAUGCAUCAAAUUGUUGUCCACUGAUUUCGAAAAUACUAAACUGUGUUAUGUAACAAUUAUUAUUCCGUGAGCCCGAAUGGACUCUGAGUCAAGAGAUAGAUAAAUCGUUUAUUCAAAAUCACAACUAGUAGCUAUAAGCUGAAUUACUUGUGUUAUGUACAUGUUGAUAAAAAUUUAACCUUAUAAAAAUUCCUAACUAUAUCAUAAGAAAAAAAACUAUCAUACAAUGAUAAAAUUACAUCAGAUCUAGUAUAAAGGUUCUAUUUACAAUAAUUGUUGCUUAUCUGUAUAGUGCAUUAUAAAAGAAUUUCUAAACCUCUUUGUUUUUACACAUGGGAUUGAAAACAUAUGCCUAUUCCUAAAGUUAUAUCUCUCAUUGUUGUUUCACGGGGACAGCAGGCCAGUUAGCUUAUGCUGGCCAUCGCUCUCUACAAUUUGUUUAAACAGAGUGCUACAUAAUUGCUCGUGUGUAUGAAAUAGUGUUUUUAAACCCUCAUCUUCCAGGGCCUUGCUAUAUGAGAUUUCUGGGAAUAGAAUCCUUAAGACUCUUUUCUGAACCUUCUCUAUUUGAGGCCGAAGGCCGAAUGGGCUAUUGACUCAGAGGCCAUGAGGGCGAGAGGAAUUAUUGUUUUCAUAAAAUCCAACUAGUUGGUCAAAAAUAAUGAGACAAAACAACUUUAGCUAGUUAAAGCUAGACUUUAAUCCUUUUUUGGCGCUUUUCGCUUCUAGUGGGCUAUAACAUAUAGCCUGGUAGUAGCUCAACCAAUCAGAAUGCAGCAUUGAUAAUAGACCACUAGUUGGAUUUUACUAAUAUUCGAUAUUACCAGACUUACAAACCAAGGAUUCACUGUACAUAUCAUUGUGACAAGUAACUAAAAUGUGCUAUUUCAUGUUUAAGUACACAAUAAUGUUGUGUUGUGUAAACAAAUUAGAUUUACAUUACUUUAAUGUACAGUAAUGGAAUCUGAAUUAAAUGGAUUUGUAAGAUUAUACACUCUUUUGUGGAUUUUUUAGAUGCUCAAACUGGAGAUGAACAUUUUCUGACAACUACAAGAAAAAUAAAAGUGAAGGUAAGUGGUUGUGUAUAUUUGUUGAAAGGCAUUAACCAAAACCAUCAAAAAGCACACGUACAUGUACAUACUGAUGAAACUCUUUCAAGCCACUUUUAACUUGACGUAAAACAGUGAUUGUUUUGUUGUGUCUUUAGAAACCAAAGACUAUCAACAGGAAGACAUCAAAACUGAAAGCUGUUGAAAUCUGCCAUCCUGGAGCAUCAUACAAUCCAAGUUAUGAUGAUCAUCAGGUAGAUCUUAUCUGAGGCCUGUGGCUCUCAUUACAGGCAACCCACUUCUCAAGCAUCUUACCCUUUUAACUUCAAAAAUUGCUUAUAAUUAAAACUCAAGAAAAGUAAUACUAAUUAUGUCACUUUUUAAAAUACAGAAGAACAGUUAUGUACCUUGUGAGAAGUGCUGUUUGACAGGUUUUGAUAUUUUUUGGUGAAUGGUCAUGCCAUUGUCCACAGUCCCAAAAGGUAUAGCUUACAUAUACCUAUACCGUCCCAGUCUCUUAAACAUCAGAACUACGUAACACAACUUUUUGAUAAAUUUUAUGAGUGAAAAAUGUUAAACUCUUACCCUUUGAUCUUUAAAAUUAAAGCCCUUGUUGCUCAAGCUCUCCAAGAAAUAUUGAAAUAUUUGUUUUAAUAAGCCCUCAGCCCUUCAUACCAUGAUACUUUCCAUGCAUGUCUUGUUUUGACUCAAUCCUUACCUGCUUUUAGUUGUUGCUUAAAACGGCUCAUGAUGUGGAGCUCAAGAAGGUUAAAGAAAUAGAAAAAUUAAAAAGAAAAGUGAAGUUCCUGUCUCCUGAAGAGGCUGCCAACUUGGUAAGCUGUCUGUUUCAUUGUAUAAGAGCUCCUCGGGUGCGCGAGUGGAGCCCCAUACCUAAGAAAAUCCAACAAAUUUUUAUAAUCACAUGACUGUGAUUUACUUGUUAAACUGUAAUAUAACACCGUAAUAUAACAAUUGGGACAUUUAUGGCAUACCAAGAGGAAGAGUUGUAUAACUAAUCUAUCCCAUGCCAAUAAACAUGAUGACAUAAAAUGGAGAAACCUGACAUCACACGUAAACAAAAAGAAAGCCACUUUUAAAAAUAUAUGUACAAUAUGUAAACAGCGAUUUCCAAAUGAACCAUAGCUUAUCAAUGAGUAAAAUUCGUAUUCCCCUCUGUCUACCUGAAAAAAAAAAUGGCAACACAUCUGUCAAACGUUUCUUGCAGGAUUUGUGUUGGCUUUUUGUUUUGAAAUGUGGAUCCUUUUUGGUCUUUGUAGCAUGGGUUAGCUGGUUUGUUUUUGUUCCCCUUGACUAAUAGAUAUGUCUGUUGUAGUCUGUUUGAUUUCGUUUUGGAUUACUCAUUGAAAUUUGACUUCCUAAAAGUCUGAAUGGUAGUUACAAGUGGAGUUUUAUGGUGUCCUGUAAAGUUGUGUCUGGCACUUUUUGUAGAAUGAAAAGUUUUUCCUGUUUGUAUCUGGUUUGUUUUUGGCUGGAAAAUGUUAAGGCAGUGCGCAUUGCCAGGAUUUGGUCGUAAAAAUUAAUACUACAGUUGCAUUCUGCAGAAUAUUCAACAGAUUUCUUGCUUUCUGAUUGGCUGAGUAUUCUUUAUGGCAUGGGAUAAAAUAACUUACUCCAGUGUAGUACCGUAUCCACCCGCAUGCAUAUUAGUAUUUUUUUUGUGGAAAGAAACCACAGACUCCAGAGAUUAAACCACAUGUGCCUUCUGCAAAUAACCAGGCUCUCUAAAAGUCUCAUGUAUCUAUAAACAGUUUAGGUACAGUGAUAACUGCUGAUGGAAUUAUCAGAUGGGAUUCUAUUUUAGACGACAGGGUGUAAAGAAAGUCAGUUUUACAGCUUGCCAUUCAGGCUAGCUGAAGCUAGCAUGUACUAUUCCAUGAGUCAUUUUAACUACAUGUAGCCCCCCCACCCCCACCCCCUUUCCCCCAAAAUUUGAUGGGUUGAUUAGAGUUCUUCUAUAACAAAAAUUCCCCAACAAACUUCCCUUUCCUGUCAGGCAAGCCAAGAUCAGAAUUCACAAGUCUGAUAGCAAAAUCCACUAGCAGGGUUCCUACUGGUCAUGGAAAACCUUGAAAGUCAUGGAAUCUAAGAAUUUCAUUUUCCAGGCCUGGAAAGUCAUGGAAUUUAAUUGUCACUCCUUGAAUGUCAUAGAAAGAAGGUUUUGUUUAGUAGAUUAGUUACUGCAGAUGACAAAGCAAAGACAGUGAAAGAUAACCAGAAGCAAUUAAAGAGUGCGAAUAGUAGCAUAUUUUGUGCAUACCAGAGUUGGUGGCUGUUGAACUGUUUAAGGUAAAAAAAUACCUUAAAACACGGAAGGUUUUGAAAAUUUUUGAAAGUGACAGCUAAAACUAAGGUCAUGGAAAACUUGAAGAGCUCAUGGAAAAAGUCAUGAAAAAUUCCUGGAAUUUGAAGAGCUUUAAACAUUCUGAACUCUGACUAGCCCCAAGGUAUCAGACACUACAUGUACUUCCCUUGCACACUAAAAAUUAAUGUCUCAUGGAAGUCUAUUUACUGACUAUGAAUUAUCAUCCAUUUGAUAUUUUAGACCAAGUGUAUGUUCCAUUUACCCGCAAUUGAACGAAAUUAACUGUGAAAACAGUGGAAAGUUGUAACUCAAGGUAAAACAUCCAUUUUUUUGUGCUAUUUAGCCAACAUGGACGGAAGAAAUGAGUCAGGGACUCUUCAAUGAAGAGGAGAAGGAAGAAGAUGAAUUAAACAGCGAUGAUGAACAGGAAGGGUUGUCUGCUGCUCCAGUUAGGGCUGUGGACAGAAAAACAAAACAGCAAAGAAGAAAAGAGAAAGAAAUACAACAAGAGGUAAGUAGUGUUUAGCGUGAAAAAGCUAAAAAGCGAAAUAAUUUGACAAACGAAAUAUUUUCAUGUUCUCACUUUCUGAGAUGCCUAAGGAAAACAAUGCAAAUUAGUAAAUGUAAUAUAUAGAAAAAAAAUAGUAAUUAAAAUAAAUGACAAGUACAACUUAAUUUUGGAAAAUAAUCAAAAUAUGUUUAUUGGGAGUUAAAAUUACAGUACGUGUGUAUAUACAGUGUAAUUAAUUCUAAGUGCAAAAGAUUUCUUCAAGUAAAGUGAGGGAUUGAAACUUGGCUAGAGAAACUAAGUUAUUGGUCCACUUUCAAGUUGUUUCUCUGGCAAUACUCUUUUCUGUUGCUAAUAAAAGAGAUAUAUUUUUAACUAAUUUAGCCAAAAAAAAAAAUUAAAAAGGCUCAUUCUUCUUUUUGUCUCUACAGCAAAAGAGGCUAGAGGAAGACAAAAAGAAUAAAUUACGACAAAAUGAGAUUUUUAGGUAAGUUUAAUUGCAUUAAAGAAGGAAGAAGAGGAAUUGUUUUUCAAAUAGAUAUAUCUUAUUGGACGGUUUAGUGUGUGGUGUCAGGGAUCCAUAUUCAUUUUUUCGCAGAGUCGUCAGCCGGGCAAGUAAGCCUGAUGGCAUACUUGCCCGAGUUACAAUUUGGGUUGCCAGGACAAAAGUGCAGAAUUAUAUUUAAGCAAUAGAAAACGUUUUCCGUGUUUGCAUAGCCUGAUAUAAACACGAGAGGGGUUGGGAGAAUUCGAGACAGUUUAUGCAAACCCGAGACGAAGUCGAGGGUUUGCAUAACUGUCGAGAAUUCUCCCAACGCCUCGAGUGUUUAUAUCAGGCUAUGCAAACACAGGAACAAAGUUUUCUAUUGCUUUUAUAAAAUAACUUUCCCGAGAAAAAAACGCAAAACUCUAUGUAUGUCUCUGAUUAAAAGAAAAAUUCUUACCAGUCGCAAAAUCUUGUCCACGAAGUCUUGCACGCGUAAUCAGUUCUUGUUUUGCAAAAAGAUGCUUUGCAAAAUACGGAUUUUUCUCGCUUAAAACGGUCAGCUUAAGCGAAGAAAAAUGUACACACCUUCUUUGUAACGAUUUUCCAAGUUUCAGCCGACGAAGGAAUGGGUAAAUAAAGUAAACUUUUUGAGUUUUGAACUCGAAAACUUUUUCAAAUUUGUGCUUGCGUGAUUAGCGCGCGAAAAACCAAACAACUUGAGCCCACAACCAUGUUUACAUACUCUCAUGCAAACACUCCUCUCGGCCAAUCAGAGCUCGCGUACUAUCUUAGUUAUUUUAUAAAAAAGAAUGGUGAAAAAAUUGUGUGCAAUUUGAACAUUUCUGUUAAGGACAACAGCCUACAGGCCUAGGCUAAACACAGUUUAUUUACGUUUUACAAGUAGCCACGGUCGAUCAGUUUACCAACAAGGCAAGACAUGUGUGCUUACGUUUAAGAUCCCCAGCAGCGGUUCCUGUGUCACCUUUUUUUUUCGUCGAAGGCAACGAAACAUCUUCUAAAAAAGUCAGAUCUUGAUGCGUAUAAGGCACCGGCUUCUGCUUCACCAUUUUUGUCCACCGAAGGCGACGAAACGCCUUCUAAAAAACGACACAUCUUGAUGAGUGCUGUCACGUUUUCUACGAAUGGCCUCUGAAUGCAGUACUUCACAAAAUACUGAGCGGGUUAUAAGCUUACUAACAAAAAGAGAACGUCUUAUGUCUACCAUGUCGAGUUUCCUCACAUUUUAAAAGAACUGGAGACGAAGGCUGUUCAGUUCCUCGGUAGGGAUUGUAUUUUUUUCUUUCACGGAUUUUCACCAUCACCAUCUCUAUCACACAACUUCAGGUCUGUCUUCAUCUUCUCUGUUGUAUCUUUAGCAUCAAGUUUGUGUGCUCUCUCUCUAAUAAAUGUCGACCUGAUUUCAUUGUUGUUCAGACCACUUUACUCUAGAAAAUCGGUUUAUUUGAGCUUUUAAUUUGGCUCCUAUUGCGUUAUUUUCUACCGAAGACGAUGCAUUUUCAACCACUUGCGACGUUUUUGCGGGAUUAAAACCGGUCUUCUGGAGUACAAAUACCGUGAGAUAUUUCAAUUUGUACUCGUUUUUAGCGUUAUUUGUACUCUACUGAAGGCAGUUGAAUAAUAAUUACAUCUAGUAUUUGAGGAAAUUUCUCCGCAAGAGCUAAACAAAUGCUUUCAAAAGUUUUAUUUGUCGGCAAGUAAAAGCAACGACCAGGGCCGUUCGGUCAUCGUGCGUUAAAAUUGUAAUCGUUGGCAACAGUAAAUGAGUUAAAAAUCAUCAUUUUUGUGCUCAAUUAUCUCACUGUUUUAGUAUAUACUGAAACAAUUAUUCACCUCAGUGUCGGUGGCUAGUGGUGGAUAUUUAAGUCGCCGCUAACGCGGCCUCGGUAAAUAUCAACCAUUAGCCACCUCCACUUCAGUUAAUAAUUGUUAUGUAUUUAUCAUCUUAAUUACUUUGAUAACAGGUUAAAAAGUUUGAAAAAAGAAAUAAACAUGGCCGAGCAGAAGUCUGAAGAACGCAAGCAAAAGAAAGAAGAAAUAAAAAAUGUUUCUGCUACAAAACCCAAGAGGCUUAGUAGAUAUCAGUAUCCUUUGACUUUGAAAGUGAGGAAGAGAUUAUGUUGGGCCUAGCGAGAAGAUGCACUGACUCAAUCAAAUAGAAUUUUAAGGAAUGAUUUUGUUUUAUAUGUUUCAUGUUUAAAAAGCUGUCCUUUUGCGACCGAUCUGGGUGGUCUAACGUGUAAGUUGUCGUAUUAAGUUUGAAACUUGACUUUAGUGUAAGGUAUGAAGCACCGAAUAUUGAACUUCAACUUAGUGGAGAGAUCACUGGAAGCCUACGCACUCUUAAGGUUGGUGGGCCUGUGGCUGUUGUUAAUUUCUGAAUUGUCGUUCAGUUUAGCUGCCACAACUUCGUACAUCUCAAUGACACUGGCAGUUCGGAAAUGCUUUUGAAAUCCGUCACAUCAUUUCUUUUGUCUUUUAACAGCAAGAAGGAAAUUUAUUUGAAGACAGAUUUAAGAGUAUUCAGCGGCGAAACAUCAUUGAAACGAGGCAACCUGCGAAGUAAGUCUACUCCCUCACUCAUUAGCCCGCAAGUAAGCUCUCCAUUUGGCCACGCGAGAGCCGCACUCGAAAGGAGACCUGAGUGCGUGGGGCGGGGAAAGAGCCUCUCGCUGCUUGCUUCGCUCGCCAUAAUUGGAGGGCUUACUUGCAGGCUACUCAUUCAUUAUUUUGUUGUUAUUGAUUCGUUUAAAGUGAAGGAUAAUUCUCCUUGUGCACGAGCACUUAAAAUUCACUUUAUUUUAAACUUUUGCUUGCAAAUGAAGUGUUAACUGCUUGUGCAGCUUAAUUUGGUUAAUAUAACAGAUAUCUAAAAUUGUGUUUUUUCCGUUAACUUUUCAGGCGUCGUCGAAAAUACAAGCAAAAAACGUACACAAGAAAAUCUUACAAUCAGCCGUGUAUAAAGGAAGUAUAGAAAUGUCAGGUAAGACUUCCUUUUGUCGGCUCUGAAGGCAGUGUUAUUGCAGUGCUUUCGCUUGGCAUUGUUUGAUACUUCAGUGGUGUAGUUAUGUGAAUUUGAUUGUGAACAGCUACCUCCGGGGUGCUUACCAUUUACACAAACCAGCCGAGGGGAAAUCUUGUACACUGAUAUUCGUACAUAAAACUGUAAAAUUUGACAAAGCGGCGGAACGACUGGGUACAAAGUUAGUCUAUCCAAUUCAGUAGAACAUAUUAGGAAAAUUGCAUCGCCUCAAAUCACAGCGCAUAUUUUCCGAAGACUCCCAAACGGAAUAGCGAAACGUUUGAUUUUUCAACUGGAAUUGCCUGUUUCCCAUCUUAAUGGUAAGCACCCCUGGUCUUCACUUUGUAGUGAUGUGUUUGGUUGGUUCAUUACUGUUUUAGAACAACGUAGAGGUUUAGAAAUUUAGAAUGAUGUCGUGAUGGGUGACUAGAACGAAACAUCAUCAUCAUCAUAAUUUGAGUGAUAAAGCAGGUUGUAUGUACAAGGCCCCUUGAAAGCUGAUAAGGUCCUGCUACAGUCAUAAACACACAUAGACGCACUUUUGUUUUCUAAGGUUGACCACACUAGUGGGGUCUGUGGGUUCUUAUUCGUUCCACAAGAAUCAAACCAGUGAAAAAGCGUUGAGAAGGGGCACAGGGAGCGCUUACCAUUUGUAUGGAAAACCCGGAAAUCCCCGGAAGAAUUCCUUUUUCCCGUUUUUACCGAAACGACCGAAAUUUUCUGUACCAUUUGUUUGGAUUACUAGUGCCAGGCUUCAUGUUGGUAUUUUGUAAAUGGUACAAGUCAAUCCCGUUCCCGUUUUCGGUGCCCAAAAAAAUACCAAUACCAUUUGACGGAAAUUUUUCACCGAAAUUUUGGUACAAAUAGUAAGCGCUCAGGGUUUUCCUUCCAUCUUAGAGACUGAAAAGUCUUACCAUGUGUAGAUGUAGCACAUACUCCUCCGUUCUUUUUAAACACUGAGUGUUGGUGCGGCCAGGGUUUGAACCCGCAAUCUCCCGCUCGGCAAACUGGUGCUUAUUCGAUUGAGCUAACAGGGCGGCGGUUACAAACCGUGCGAGGAGCGAGAAAUAUAGGCGAGGUCAGGUGGACUGGAAUUUGUUGAUGUCGCGGUUUUGUCAAUGACGGUCAUUUUAAGUUGUUAAAGUGCUCAUAACUUGACAAUAUGAAUAUGUAUGUUUUGUUACAGUUAUAAUCUGCCAUGAACUGUUAUCAGUAAGCAUUAGCUACACAAUGAGGUGAUUCAGAUUGAAAGUGAAAAGCUGUCAGUGGAUCUGGUGGUAUGACAUGAUCGUAAAAAAUACAACACGAGUUGAUUUUUUCCGUCAGGAUAGUCCGCCACCCUGCUGAUGGCCGUUGGAGGUACAUCUUGCAAAUUGAUCCAGCUCCAAAUUUUUCAUGUAACGCUCAAUAAGGAGAUUUAGAGUCAGGGGGAUUCUCGAUCUAAGUCCAGAGAAGCCAAACAAGGGCGUCACGUUGGUAAUACUUCAAAUUUUAAGCUUUAACAUCUCUAUUUAGGGACAAUUUUAAACUCGGAAUGCGACGGUUUUUUU